AAGAAGCUAACAAGCCAGCAAGUAAGCAGAAAGGAAAAGACGGAAAAGCCUUUGAUCUUUUUUUCACUCCGCCGCGCACUAGUCGUUGUCGUCGCCGUUGCCAGUCAUUCAGUCAGUUUCACUUUAAACCGUGUGGCAGUCGCUUCAGUUAACUACGUUGUCGUCGUAAUCAGUGCAAAUUGGGAGCAGAAAAAAGUGUAUCAGUGUCCGAGUUUGUCCGACAUUCGUGUGCUGUCUGCUGGUGAAUUAAUUUCCGUACAAUUUAAUCGAAUCAACAACAGUGAAAAAAGCAAAAGAGAAUCAGAGGAAAAGUUCGAUGUGCUGAGACACACUGAGUGCAGCACGGGAGAGCGAAAAGCACGGAAAGAAUUUGAAUGGUUUUCAUCGCUGUCGUCGUCAUCGUCAUCGUCUUCGCCGUCGCCGCCGUGGAGGGCAGAGUUUAGUUAGCAAUAUCAGCAGCAACAACAAUAGCUAGUGCAUCCGUCGGAGGGUGGUGCAAGUGUGUGUGUGUGUGACGACAAGUGAUAAACAAACGCCGACGAGAGAAGAGCGAAAGAAAGAGAAACGAUUUUAUUCUCUCUAGAUUAAAAUUGGUGUCGGUUUGUUAUUUCGAAUCUGAGCCGAUUGUAUUCCGAUAAGUUCUACGCGUUAAGGUUGAUGUUUCCGUUCUUAGUGGGUACUGAUUUCGGUUAAUUGUGUUGCCUAAGUGGAGGAAAACGGUAAUCCAGAAGCGAUCAGCGGGGAGCAACCUCGAAAUAGGCGGUGUGCCAAUUGCUCCAUAGCGGCGCUCUUCGGCAAUUAUAACCAUCAUUAUUAUUAGUGUAUAGUGCGUACGAUAGUGUGCUUGUUCUGCACUUUGAUUCGUGGUUCUUAUCAUCUGCUGUAUUGGUGGAUUACUUCAGCUUGGAUACAAUCGAACUCUCAAUGGAAGAGUGGUGCUUGAGAACUGGAGCUGAACUAGGAUACUAAUUAAAAUAUCCUCGACGCUCGGCCGAGGUCCGACCGACUAAUUUUCACCCAGUAGCCGCAAUUCUGCCAUGCCGGGUAGCCGUUCCAGUAAUAACGAUACCGAGCACAACAAAUCCCCUAGAGAGAGCGGUGAGGAUUCAGAGGAUGAAAGUGAAAUUCUAGAGGAAAGUCCGUGCGGAAGAUGGCUGAAACGAAAAGAAGAGGUCGAACAACGAGAUGUUCCUGGCAUCGAUUGUGCACAUCUGGCGAUGGACACCGAGGAAGGUGUCGAAGUUGUCUGGAACGAAGUACAGUUUUCCGAGAGGAAGAAUUUCAAAUCUCAAGAAGAAAAAAUACAAUUAGUAUUCGAAAACCUAACUCAGUUAGAGCAUCCAAAUAUAGUCAAGUUUCAUCGUUAUUGGACGGAUACCCAUAACGAUAAACCUAGGGUAAUAUUCAUAACGGAAUACAUGUCCUCUGGUUCUCUGAAGCAGUUUCUCAAGCGUACCAAGAAGAACGUUAAGAAACUACCACUGCAAGCAUGGAAGCGGUGGUGUACUCAAAUUUUAUCAGCACUUAGUUAUUUGCAUUCCUGUUCGCCGCCAGUAAUUCACGGCAACUUAACCUGUGAUACAAUAUUUAUUCAACAUAAUGGUCUAGUUAAAAUUGGUAGUGUAGCUCCAGAUGCCAUUCAUCAUCAUGUAAAAACGUGUAGGGAAAAUAUGAAAAAUAUGCAUUUUUUAGCUCCAGAGUAUGGACCAGCCGCAUCUACGACCGCCAUCGAUAUCUACUCGUUUGGCAUUUGCGCGCUGGAGAUGGCGGCACUGGAAAUCCAAGGAAACGGAGAUUCGGGUACGCUAGUCACAGAAGAGCAAAUCAAACGCACUGUCGAAAGUCUUGAAGAUGCCCAGCAGAAAGACUUCAUCAUCAAGUGCCUCAGUCAUGACCCUGCCAAAAGGCCUACCGCUAGGGAAUUACUAUUUCACCCGCUGCUGUUCGAGGUGCAUCCGCUAAAGCUGCUUGCCGCCCACUGUCUUGUAAACACCUCAUCGAACUACGACGAGAUGCUGCAGAAGCUGAACAAAUCGGACAUCGUGUACGCCGAGGUGCGACAAAUCGAGUUCCAUCUGGGUGAUGUCACCGGAACGGAAAAGCUGGAGAAGUUUGUAGAAGAUGUAAAAUAUGGCAUUUAUCCACUGACUGCCUUUUCGGCACAAAAACCACCCGCUUCCCGACCGCGAGCAAUAUCGCCCGAGACUGCAGAAUCGGUGAAAUCCGCCACGCCAGAGCCGUUAGAUAUUGAAACUAGGAGAGUUGUGAAUAUGAUAUGUAGUGUUAAGCCGCGAGAAGAAAAUUGUGAAUUAUUUAUGACAAUACUAUUAAGAAUGGAGGAUAAGAUGAACCGACAGUUAACAUGUCCUAUUUCACCGGAUGAUUCAGCCGUCGCGCUUUCCCAUGAACUGGUACACCUUGGGUUUAUUCAUGAGACGGAUCGUGAGAAGCUAGCCACCAUGAUAGAGGAUACACUGCGAAACAAACAGCAACAACUACUAGGGGCGGCAGCAAAAAUGCAAUCGGCCGCAGCCCAGGCCGGUGAGCGCUUGGUGUCCUCCGAUGGGGGCUGCAGCAGUGGCAUAUCCGGGUCGGACUCGGUUACGUCGUCCUCCGCCAGCAAUCACCUCCACCAUCAUGUUCCUGUAAAUUCGGCCAGUUACGAUCGUGGGUGGAAAGUAGCAGAUUCGGAAGCACUACUGGUUACUAUGCCAGUUAUCAUGGAAACGUCCGGAAUCAGUGUAAAUAGCUUAGAUGCGGCGCUUUUUGCCAGUUUGGAUGAUGCUGAGGAGGCUUGCGAGCAGCAGGACGAAGAGCUCGAAGCGCUGGAAGCGGCCAGUAGAGCAGCAGGGGACGAUGAUCAGUACGACCCUGAACCCACAUUGAACUACGAUGACAGUGAUGUCGCCACAAUGAAGGCGACGAUGCAUCGACAGUCCCUAACCUCCACUAGAACUUCCAUUAUCCCGGAAGGCGAGCUGUGUCGUAGCGAGACGAUCGAAUCGUACGAGGCUACCGAUUAAAAACAAACGCUGGAUAUAGUCGUCUCUGUUAGAGAGCACUCCUACCAAGUAAGCAUUAAUUUCUAUUUUGUACAUUAAUAAAAUGAGACAAAAGGAUAUCGAACGAAUUGCUAUGUAAUUACAUAAAAAAUAAUUUAAUGGAAUAAUCCACUGAGAUACGUACACUUAAUCAUGCCAUUGAUGCAAGAAAUAGACAACAGGAAAUGAAAAUGAUCUUCAUUGUUUAUUUGUCUAAACAAUAAAAAUGGCGCAGAAUAGAAUGCUUCUGUAAUUUUGUUUAUUGUGCUUUAAAUUUAUUUUUGUGAAUUUGUAACAGGAAUAAACCGAAAAUAAAACCGCGUAGGAAAUGGUAAAAUAAAACAAAGGAAAGUGAAAACCUCUCUAAUCAAUCAUCAUAGUCAAUCGUCUCAGUUGGAUCAGCAAAGAAUUUACUCUCGUGUAGUUAUAAUGAUAAAGUCUAAUCAAGUCAUCGUCAGUAUAACACGAAAAUACAGUGCAGCCAUUUUUAACAUACGAAAAUAGCGAAAACGAACACUAGAGAAAACAAAACCCAUAUAAGACUCAAAAAUAAGAUAAAACGCUGAAAAGCAAACUGUUUUAAACCGGAACCCCCCAUUACAACCUAACCGGACAGAGCAGUGUAAAGCCAACCUCCAGGUGCUUGUAUGCUGAACCGAACUAGCAAAUAGCACGGAAAGGUAGAACAGUAAAUAUUUAAAAAAAGUCAUUUACCUAUAAAAAUGAAAACAAAACGAAAAAAUCAGCUUGCUUGCGAGCAGUCACAACAAAACGCGUGAAUACAAAAAAGGCAAAUAAAGAGUGCAUCAAAAAGGCGAACAAAAAUGUCUGUGAUUUAGAAUUC